GUCAAGCUGUCCACGUCACGAAGUUUUUAGAUGAGCAGAUACAUUUAAACAUGAGCAGCCAUUUGGUACAUGCUAUGGACAAUAACCAUCCCAGUGAAAGAGUCAACUGCACCGUUCAGUUUCUCGACGGAGACAGCAAAACUUUUGAUAUAAAUGCUAACGACGUAGGGCAAGCCCUGUAUAACUCUGUUUGUAAUCAUUUUAAAGUAACAGAAACAGACUAUUUUGGUCUUAAAUACACCGUUCUUUUAUCACCAGAGAAAAAACUGAGUAAUGUGUUCGAAUGUGUGCCUCUGAGCCAACACAAGAAGCCAAAUGCUAUAACAGAACAUAAGUUCUGGCUUCAAUUAAACAAGCCAAUGUCUUCUCAAAUAAAGAGAGGAAACUGGAAGUUUGAAUUUGCCCUGAAGUUUUAUCCUCCAGAUCCAACAAAACUGACAGAAACUUUUACAAGGUCGCUGGUCGUUCUACAGAUUCGGACAGAUUUGUUGGAUGGACGACUGCCUUGCAGUUUCGGAAUGCUUGCUUUGUUAGAAUCUUAUUGUGUGCAAGCAGAACUUGGUGACUAUGUCCGUGAAAGUCGUUCGAAAUACGAACACAAUAACAUCUUUCUGGCUAAACAUGAGCCUAAAUUACUAGACCAAAUUGCAGAGUUCCAUAAAGAGCACAAGGGUCAAACACACCAUGAGGCACAGAUGGCGUUUUUGGAUAAUGUAAAAAAGUUAGCAUUGUAUGGAGUAGAUCUUCAUAAAGCUAGAGAUCUACACAAGGUGCCCGUUAAUAUCGGAGUAAACUGUAAUGGCAUUACAGUUUACAAAGACAAUUUCCGCAUUCAUAGAUUUGUAUGGCCCAAAAUAUUACGAUUUGUCUAUAAACAAAAACACUUUUGCAUCAAAAUUAGGCCUAAAGAGAAAGAAAACCCUACAUGGCAAAAUUGGAAGCUGGAUCAUUUUAAAUUGGCAAAGAAUUUAUGGAGAAUAUGUUCGGAUCAACAUACUUAUUUUAGGUACUUUUCAUUUUUAUAA